AGUACGCAACGGGUCUCUGGACGGGCUCAGAAGUAUUUCAGUUUCACAGUCGUUCGGACAAAGUCGUGGCACUCGCACAAAAAUGGAAAUUUCCCAUAUAUUCGUUUUCUGUUUGCUGAUCGCUGUUGUAGCAGCCCGUCCGCAGUUUCCGCUUUGGAAUGAGGAUCUGACACAGACUUUCAUUCGUGGUCAGCCGGUUACAUCGCCUAGGCCAUCGACUACGGCUCAACCAACAACUGCAUCGCCUCGCAUGCUGGCCUGCAUCCAAACCUGCCCAGCGACCAGUGAAUACAAUCCCAUCUGUGGCAGUGACGGUGUUAACUACUACAACGAGGGACGACUCAACUGUGCCAUUCGAUGUGGUCAAAAUGUUCGCUCUGUACACUUGGGCGUCUGCAGCACUACGUAGAGCAUUGCUUAGGGGAUUUGUAAUAUCUGAACUGAAAAUAUCCGCUAUACAAUCUAUAGUUCAAUGCUUUACCAAUGACCUUAGAUUUGUAUUAAUAAAAACAAGCGAUUAAGAGUGAGGAGAGUAUACUGGAUCAGUUGCUACCUUGUAUCACGAAAAUAAAUACAAAAGUGAAGCAAGAAUGUUACUCAUUUAGUUAAUAAGAUCUUAUAAUAAUGCAUAACUAAUUAUUAUUAAUAAAGUGUAGGAAAAACUAUUAAAUGCAAGUUAAUUUCUAUUGCUAUAUGGUAUCAAGAAUAUGAUUUGGUAUAUAUGUGUAUAUUUAUAUAAACUCGGAAAAAUUACAAUCUUUCUAGAAUCUCAA